CUUGAAGAAGCUAAUGCAGUUUGUCUCGCGUUAGUCACCAUGAAGCUUACAUUGACAGCAACUCUCUUGCAUAUCUGCAGUGCCCUUUAUUCAAGUAUUGCAAAGGCUGCUCCUACAUUUGCUUUACCAGAUGAUUGUCCGAAAAUUGUGUCCAGAGAUGAAUGGGGUGCGAGACCGGCGCGUAAUUUCACGCAGCGAGACCCAUUGGCGCCCUACUUGAUAGUCCAUCACGGUGGUUUCAAAAAAUUCUGCAGCACGCACGACGAAUGCGCCAAAAUCGUGCGCUAUUAUCAAGAUUUCCAUAUGGACGAUCGUGGAUGGGACGAUAUUGGGUACAGUUACCUGAUCGGCGAAGACGGGAAUAUUUAUGAAGGGCGAGGGUGGCAGAGAGUUGGCGCGCACGCACCGCCUUACAAUAAUAUUAGCAUUGGUGUUUGCUUCAUUGGAGAUUUCUCAGAUCGAUUGCCUAAUGAGACGGCUUUAGCUGCUUUACGCAGUUUGAUCAAAUGCAGCAUCAGCUCUAAUUUUUUGAUGAAUAACUACACAAUGUUGGGGCACCGCCAGGCAAAGGCAACAUUGUGUCCUGGUGACGCUCUUUUCAAAGAAAUCUCGCAGUGGCCUCAUUGGAAGAGCACCCCUGCACCAACUGAGAUUCGUAAAGUUGACGACGUUAUAUCGCGCCCUAACAACUGGGCGUACGAAGCUAUUAAUAAUAUUUUGGAUUUUUUUAAAUCACUUUUUUGAGGGGAAAUAAUUUAAGUUGCAAAAUUUAUAGUUCAUAAAAACUUGUUGUGUGAAAAUAAAAAAUAAACACAUUAUGUUAUUCGUUUUGAUCAAGU